AUGAUGGAUGCCGAUGUUGAUGCGAUCGAUAUCGAUGAUAAACAUGACGACGAUGCUGGCACAUUCAGCAUCGCCAAUGACUGCCAAAGUGAGGCCGAUGACACCCUCACUGGCGAAGACAACAUUCUUUCAGCAGUGCACACGAAGCGCACUGCUGUUAACAAGGAUGAAUCAGCACAGGAAUUUCUGUUGACUCGCGAAGCGGUUGUCCGCUCGUUCAAGACUCUAUUGCGGAUGCACUAG